CACUAGCUUUUAGCCAUCUCGGCUAGCAGUUCUGUUCUGGCCAGUGUUUUGUUUGUGUCUGUGGUGUUUCUUUGAGAGAAGACUGUGCGAUGGUUGUGUUGAAUAGCAAUAACAAUGAGGAACAGGAUGUAAUCCUAAAUGAGCCACGAUGCUCCUCUCUACCCAGCUCCCCUGCUAAACGUGUUUCUCCGGCCAAAAAAAAGCAGUUCUUUAUUAAUCAGGCUAUCAGAAACUCUGACCUUAUUCCCAGAGCCAAGGGUAAGAAAAGUCAAAGACGACAGGAAAACACUCGUUUCCUGGACAAUCUUUUGGAACGAGAUGAGUGCUCUAAAGAGGAUGGUGAAGGCCAUGAAACCGCCUCACCCAGCAUCUUCACUGAAGCCUGCACCAAUGGAAACUACAUGGAGUACUGGAGUGAUUUUAUGAAUCGUUCUGGAGAGGAGCAAGAGCGACUUUUGGCUCUCCUAGAGGAGGAGGCUCAGAGGACCCACUCUAACAAAAGCCAUAAAGACCAAAGAGAGGCUAAUCCUGCCUUCAGCUCUCAGGAAUGUUUCCAGAGGAUCGAUCGGAGGCUGCGUGUGACACUCAAACGCAGACAGAUUCCCAUGGGAGUGUUGGAGGGUCUAGAGUCCAAUCUGCUGGGAUUCUUCAUGGCACACCCUCACUCGAUUUACACAACCAGACUCAGCAGCAGUUAUGAGCGACUGUUGCUUCAUGCUAUCUGCCAGUACAUGGAUCUGACCUCUGCAAGCUCUGACUGUAAUGGUGCUCGACAGACUGAAGUGGUUAACAAACAGGAAGAGUUUCUCCCUCCUCAGCCGCUGCUCUCUGCCUACCUGGAGCAGCUGAACUAAGCUGCUAAGAAUCGUGGCCUCAACCACCAGUACCACUGCUGUUCAUCCAGCCAGACCAGAACAGGCACCCCUGCCCUUCAACUGGCUAGCAUGAACUAUGCAAAAGGCAUUUUAUCAUAGGACGUCUCCCUUUAAGAGGCUUCACUGACUAGUCGUCAACAUACUGUCUCUUUCGGUUACUUUUUAAAUACAUUUUCUGAUGUUUUUGGGGCACAUUUUAGUGGAUGUUGUUGUUAAAAUGUCUUUAAAUAUGAUCUGAUUCUUUUUCAAUGUUCCAGACAGAACUUUUUAGAGUAACCAUCAUGGCAUCUUUGUAGGCGUGUAGAAACAUAGCUGUAUGUGAACUUGGCCAGAGGAAGAAUAUGAAUUGAUGAUUAUUGUUUUUGCUGUUCUUGACCUUUAAAAUCAUUGGAAGUGAGUUUAGAAAUUCAGGUUCAUCGCCAUUGCGUCUCCAACCCACAUAUAGUCACUGUUGAAAAUGUACAGCUCAGGCUUCUACACAAGGAACGUCUUCAUCAAAAUAGUGCUUAUAUCGCAAAUCUUAUGGUGGUUAUAGUACCUUUGCAAGCUCUUUAUCUUACUGCACAAUAUUGUACUAAUUAUUCUUUUGACUUGAUUCCGUUAAUUCAGCCAAACCUGCCUGACAGUUAAAUGGAAAUAAGUAGACCUUUUAUAUCCAACACUCUAUGUCUUGAAUUAAAGUCAAACUCAACCAGUUUUUAAUUUAAAUCUGCCAUUUGCAGGUGUCACAUCUGAAAACACUUUUUAUUUCCAAAUUAGGAUUCGCCAACAUGCACUUACAACUAUGCCUUACCUGUACACACCAUAUUUGUCAUUUUUGUAUUUAUAUAAAUAGCCUUUACAUCAAUGUUGUUAUGGUUUACACACAGGGAAAAUAAUGUAAUGUUUUAUACUAUCAAGAAGUCCUGGGCCACUUGAGCAGAUCUUGCAUUUGUAUCUGUAACCAAAGUGUGUGUGAGUACAAUGCUGAUUCUCAGGCAUCAACCUUCAUGAAUGUUUUUAAACAUAACCCUCAUAAUCACUUAAAAAGUCAAACAAACAUUAAAAAAGAGCUGCUUUUUUGGAAUAA